AUGCACUCCGACCAGGGACGGGAUUUUGAGGGCAAGCUUAUCCAUGAGUUGUUUGAUCUUUUAGGAGUGGAAAAAUCCCGUACAACACCGUACCAUCCCCAGGGUGAUCCGCAACCUGAACGGUUCAACCGAACACUCUUGGACAUGUUGGGGACCCUGGAUGUGAGGCAGAAAACACAUUGGAGCCGGCACAUUGGACAUCUUGUGCAUAAUUGUAGCCUAAACGAAGCCACAGGAUACUCUCCCUAUUUUCUUAUGUUUGGAAGAGAGGCUAGAUUGCCGAUCGACCUGAGCUUUGGUGUGUCAAGUGAUGGUACGUCUACAAAGUCUUACAGGCGUUUUGUGAAUAUCAUGCAACAAGAGCUUAAGUCCGCUUAUGAGCUAGCCGAGGAAAGUGCUGGGAAGAAAAAUGCAGGAAACAAGAGAAGAUAUGAUCAGAGAUUGCAUUAUUGUCACUUGGCACCUGGCGAUCGAGUUCUGAUCAGAAAUCUUGGGCUGCAAGGGAAACACAAGUUGGCUGAUCGAUGGAGUACUGAGCCUUACAUUGUACAGAGCCAAAUGCCUCACUUACCUGUGUUCCGUCUAAAGUCUGAGAGUGGAAAUGGACCUGUCAAAAUUUUGCAUAGGAAUCACAUGAUUCUUCCUAUUGGACAAGAGUUGAGACAGCGGCAAGUUCCUGACAGUGUAUUGACACCCAAGAGGAGGACUCUGAGACGACGAAAAAAUGCAGACCACGGUCAAAUUCCAGGACAGAAAUUGAAGGAUGCUCUGGAAAUACAAGAGGCAGAAAGAGUUGAUCUAAAUGAUAAUGAGAGUUCUGACAGUGAGACUGAAAUGUACAGAGUGUGUUUUCCAAAACCUCAAGCCCGGCAGUUAACACCUGCAGAAAUAGAAACAACUUCAGAUUCAGUGGUUUUCGAACCUGUCCAUGAUAAUGUGGAACGCUUUGAUGAAGAGAUUGGUGUUUUGCAAAGAGCAGAGACAGAUGAAUCUGUAGAAUCAAGUUCAAGACUGCUAUUAGAGAACAUCUCUGACAAUUUGCUAAAUGUGAACCAAGAAACAAAUGCUGCCAGUUCUGUACAAGAUCAGUUGUGUAUAGAUCAGAGUGAGGGACAUAAUACUAUCUCUGAUAAUGUACUUGAAAUGGGAAAAAGGCCUCAGAGAGACAAAGUUGUGCCUAAGAGGUUUACAUAUGAUACUCUAGGUGUUCCAAAAUGGGAGCCAGUGCAUGCUCGAGCAAAAGUUGUGAAUCCUGUUAGAUAUUGUUCUACAGUUUAUUUGUUGAUGAAUGUUCCCUCCAAAUUGAGUGCUUAUACAGUCAAGUUAAAGUAAAGCCUGUAAAUUGAAGCAUUCAGUCAUUAUGGUU